AUGACCUUCCUCCUCGAGUUUUACAAUUACGCACUUUAUGUCAAGAACGAUAAGACCCUUGAUGACAAGGACGCGAAAAUCGAAAUGUUGCGUGACAAUGUCGACAAAAGGUACACUAGGAGUCUUACAACGAGAACGACGAACGCGAAGAAAAGGCAAAGAACAUCAAAGACAGAUCAAGAUGGCUCAAAUCGUAGUGCGGGUCAAGGUUCCGUUUCACAUCAACGCGCCGUAAUGACGGUUGCGCUCCAGAAAUCGGGUUUCAAAGUUCAGGAUGAUGAAAACUCUGCCCGAUUUGAACCGUUUAUCAAGUUACCACGUCACAUAGUAGAGGCGAAAAGUCCCAAAGGGAAUCGAAUUGUUGCAAAACUCGUCCGCAAAGACUCUGCUGAGCUCCCUCUCCUUCGGGAGCUAUCGACACAAACGUCUUUGCAUAAUCAUGUCAUACCCCUGCUGGAUACAGUCCCGUCAAGUUUGGGACUAUUGGCGAUACUUCCUUAUUUGACUCCUCUGCCGCAAAUUGUAUCACUCCGUUUGUUUAGAGAUCGGCUCGGAGGCAAGGUUGCGCACCUGAGCCGUGAGCUUAUUGAGGGUGUUGCCUUUCUCCAUCGGCAAAACAUUGCACACAUGGACAUCAAGCCCGACAAUCUUGUCUAUGAAUCUAAUCGUCUUUAUAUUAUUGACUUCGAUGUUGCUGUGCGGUGCAAAGAUGCGGACGAAAUGGUUAAAAUGUCCUGUGGAACUCGUGGGUGGAGCGCUCCAGAGAUUGUCCUUGACGAUGAUGAGGCAGCUUGCGCGUUUAGCCCUAUCAGAGCAGACUUAUGGUCUUGUGGCAAAGUACUGCAGUUCAUUACUGAGAAGGCUGGUCAAAACGAUGAGAACAUUAUUCAAGUCGCAAGUUUGCUUAUGGACCCUGAUCCAAGACGCCGGCCGUUACUGCACGAAGCAGUGGAUGAAGGACCAGACUUUUGGACGUCGGGACGGCUUCUUCAAGCUGUCAGAAGUCAGGUGUAUUCUGGCAAAGCCGGGGCGCUGAAAAGGGCCCGUGUCGAUACUAGUCACGUGGGCAAGGGGACGCCAUCGUCAAAGGUCAGGAGAGCGAGCGUCUCGACCACUGCAUCCUCACCCUCUUUUUCUCCACCUGCUUUGUCUUCAUUGCCUUCGCAACUGUCUUCGGUUUCUUCAUUGGAUUCCUCCCUCGCUACACCUUGCAUGUCGGAUUCUGAUAACAAAGCCGAUGGCUUGUCUGUGCUUCGCGCUAAAGGGGAUGUAUCUGGCAAAAGAGGAGAAUUCCAAGCAAUUGACGUUUAA